GGAAAAUGCCAUGAAUUUAAUUUCAAAAUACGUGUAAUACAUUAUUUGGGAGAAAAGAAUGUUCAUUUUCACCCACGAUCGUUGCGGGCACUUUGGCGCUUCUUUGCAAAAUCUCUUGAAAAAAUUACUGAUCUGCAGCAGGGGCAGCAACAAAAAGUAAAGAAGCGAUUGUUUGAGAGAGACAGAGAAAGAGGAGUAAUAGGAGGAGAGAAUGGCGGUGUAGAGAGAGAGAGGAGGAAAGAAUGGCGGUGUUCGUGUGCCGAACUGAAUCAAUCCACUAUCGUCUUUACGAGUUCGCUAAAACGGCUUUGAUAAAGAUUUUUGUCUCUCCAUAUUCCUCCGUUUGUGAUUUGUACUGUGGUGGUGGGGAAGACACAGACAAGUGGUAUGAGGCCCAAAUAAGUCACUACAUUGGAAUUGAUGCUUCAUCUUCUGGUAUCAAUGAAGCUCGUGAAAUGUGGGAGAGUCAACGUAGACCAUACACUGCAGAAUUUUGUGAGCUAGAUCCUUGUGUGGAAACCUUGGAACUAUUUUUGCAAGACAAGGGCAUUCCGACAGAUCUUGUUUGUUGUCUGCAGCAUUUGCAGUUGUGUUUUGAAACUGAGGAGAGAGCAAAAAGUCUUCUACGGAAUGUAUCUUCUAUUCUGAAACCAGGGGGAUUCUUUUUUGGUAUUACCCCAGAUUCAUCUACUAUCUGGUCUAAAUAUCAAAAGAACAUUGAAGCAUUGCAUAAUAAGGGCAUUAAUUUGAAGAGCAUGCUACCAAUUUGUAUUAGAUCAGAGAGCUACACCAUUACAUUUGAAGCUGAGGAUGAGAAGUUCCCAUUAUUCGGAAAGAAGUAUCAGCUAAAGUUUGCAGGAGAUGUUUCAUCUGAAACUCAUUGCUUGGUGCAUUUUCCAAGCUUCAUUAGGUUGGCAAGAGAAGCUGGCCUGGAAUAUGUGGAGAUUCAAAACCUUACAGAAUUUUAUGACGAUAAUAGAGCACAAUUUGCAGGUUUCCUCAGCAGUGGUGGAAAUCUGGUGGAUCCCAGAGGAAGACUCCUUGCCCGGUCUUUUGAUGUGUUGGGUUUAUAUACCACAUUUGUAUUUCAAAAGCCAGACCGUGAUGUUGUCCCUUCAAUUGGCACUCCUAUUAUGCAGGAUAGUUCCCAUUUUCGCCGAGAGACUUCAAAUCUAGUGUCUGAUUCUGCUCCUGAUGCAAGGCAUUCUCAAGCUCAUCAUGGAUCCAGAUCCCAGUAUCAAGAUGAUUGGACUGGUAAUUACUCAUCUAGAGAGCGUGAGAAGCAAAGUGGUGAGCGGAGGCGCCAAUCAUCUGUUGAGGAAGAAAAAGAUAUGCACUCAGAAGCUCCUGCUGGUGCUAAUGUGGGAUUCGUUGAGCACCCUGAAACGCAGACAGGAAAGUCACAUCUGCGAGGAAUUUUGGGUCCAGGACCCAUGGACCUCAGGUUUACAGAAUCCCACUGAGUGGAAGCAGCAAAACCAAAAGAAGGAUGCAUUCCCCCUGCAUCCAUGUAGCACUGGUGGAGUUUCUUGGAUGGAGCUUUUGGGAUUUAAGUUGACAUGUCCUCUUGCAUGCGGCAAAUAUGGUGAAUAACUUUUCACCUCUUUAUACAACUACAUGCCAUUACCAUGUAUGUUUCAUUCUUCUUUGUUGAGAUUUUUGGUUUCUUCUUGAGAACCGCUCUUUCAAACAUCUAAAAAAGACCGUCUCUGUUUCAAAUGUGGAGAAGAUGACAGUAGUAUCCAAUGGAGAAGCAAUGGAAACAUCAAUCACUCUCUCUUUUACAUAACAACAUGGUGAAUAUCUUUUCACCUCUGUAUACAACUACAUGGCAUUAUCAUGUAUGUUCCAUUCUUCUUUGUUGAGACUUUUGGUUUCUUCUUGAGAACCAUCUCUCUUUCAAAUGUGGAGAACAUGACAGUAGUAUCCAAUGGAGAAACAAUGGAAACAUCAAUCACUCUCUCUUUUACAUAACAUAUAUAGCAGUUACAAUAUUCGUCAUGAUU